UGCGAGCUGUGGCGGAAGAGCCCGCUACAGCAAUCGCAGUCUCCGUGGAGCUAGCGGAAACCGUUUCUCUCCUUCACUUACUAACUCAUUCUAUUCCCGAGGCUUCGUUCACUGGUUUUCUGUGGAUUGAUACAGCGAACCAUCACAAUUGUGCCUGGUAUGGACUUGUUGUCCGGGACGUAUAUUUUUGCGGUCCUGUUAGCAUGCGUCGUGUUUCAGUCUGGCGCCCAGGAGAAGAACUACACUGUCCGAGAAGAAAUGCCAGAAAACGUCUUGAUAGGCGACUUGCUGAAAGACCUUAACUUGUCCCUGAUUCCACAUAAGUCCUUGACAUCUCCUAUGCAGUUCAAGUUAGUGUACAAGACUGGGGAGGUGCCACUGAUUCGCAUUGAAGAGGAUACUGGUGAGAUCUUCACUACCGGUGCGCGUAUGGAUCGUGAAAAGUUAUGUGCUGGUAUCUUGGUGGAAGCCCGUUGUUUUUACGAAGUGGAGGUUGCCGUUUUGCCGGAUGAAAUAUUUAGACUGGUUAAGAUACGUUUUUUGAUAGAAGACAUCAAUGAUAAUGCACCAUUAUUCCCAGCAACCGUUAUCAACAUAUCAAUUCCGGAGAACUCUGCUAUAAACUCUCGAUAUGCUCUUCCAGCAGCCAUUGAUCCUGACAUAGGAAUAAACGGAGUUCAAAACUACCAACUAAUUAAGGGUCAAAAUAUAUUUGGCCUGGAUGUUAUUGAAACACCAGAAGGAGACAAGAUACCACAACUCAUUGUUCAAAAAGAAUUAGAUAGAGAAGAGAAGGAUACAUAUGUGAUGAAAGUAAAGGUUGAAGAUGGUGGCUUUCCUCAACGAUCUAGUACUGCUAUAUUGCAAGUAAGUGUUGCUGAUACAAAUGACAACCGCCCAAUCUUCAAAGAGAAUGACAUUGAAGUCAGUAUACCAGAAAAUGCUCCUGUAGGUACUUCAGUGACUCAGCUCCAUGCCACAGAUGCCGACAUAGGCGAAAACGCAAAGAUUCACUUCUAUUUCAGCAAUCUAGUCUCCAACAUUGCCAAGAGACUGUUUCAGCUGAACGACACAACUGGACUUAUUACAGUCAAGGAACCGUUAGAUAGGGAGGAAUUUCCAAGCCACAAAUUAAUUGUUUUGGCUAGCGAUGGUGGAUCAAUGCCAGCAAGAGCAAUGGUGCUGAUAAAUGUUACAGAUGUGAACGACAAUGUACCAUCAAUUGACAUAAGAUACAUCAUCAAUCCAGUCAAUGGCACUGUGGUUCUUUCAGAAAAUGCUCCACUCAAUACCAAAAUUGCUCUUAUAACUGUGACAGAUCAAGAUGCUGACCAUAAUGGGAGGGUGACAUGCUUCACAGAUCACGAAGUCCCUUUUAGAUUAAGGCCAGUCUUUAGCAAUCAAUUCCUCUUGGAGACUGCCGCAUAUCUGGACUAUGAGUCCACAAGAGAAUAUGCCAUUAAAUUAUUAGCUGCAGAUGCUGGCAAACCUCCUUUGAAUCAGUCAUCCAUGCUACUUGUCAAAGUGAAAGACGAAAAUGACAAUGCUCCAGUUUUCACCCCGCCAUUGGUAAGUCUUUCUGUUCCUGAAAAUAACUCUCCUGGUGUACAAUUGACAAAAGUAAGCGCAACAGAUGCAGAUAGUGGUCAUAAUGCUGAGAUCAAUUACCUGCUAGGUGCUGAUGCUCCAUCUGAAUUCAACCUGGAUCGUCGUACAGGUAUGCUGACUGCAGUUAAGAAGCUGGAUAGGGAAAAACAGGAAAAAUAUUCAUUCACAGUUUUUGCAAAGGAUAAUGGCAUGCCAUCAUUGGUGACCAAUACCACUGUCUUAGUGACCGUUCUUGAUCAGAAUGACAACAGCCCAAUUUUCACUCACAACGAGUAUAACUUCUAUGUCCCUGAAAACCUUCCAAGACAUGGCACAGUAGGGUUAAUCACUGUGACGGACCUGGAUUAUGGAGAAAAUUCUGCAGUCACUCUCUCCAUUUUAGAUAUGAAUGAUGAUUUCACCAUUGAUCCACAAACUGGUGUCAUAAGACCAAAUAUUUCAUUUGAUAGAGAAAAACAAGAAUCAUACACUUUCUAUGUAAAGGCUGAGGAUGGUGGUAGGGUAUCUCAUUCUUCAACUGCCAAAGUGACCAUAAAUGUGGUUGAUGUUAAUGAUAACAAACCAAUUUUUGUUGUCCCUUCUACAAAUUACUCCUUUGAAUUGGUUCUACCUUCCACUAAUCCAGGAACUGUGGUCUUCAAGGUAAUUGCUAUUGAUAGUGACACUGGCCUGAAUGCAGAGCUUCGUUACAGCAUUGUAGGAGGAAAUACAAAAGGUCUGUUUAUGAUUGACCAAGUAACAGGAAACAUUACACUGAAGGAGAGAUGUGCUGUUACAGAUCUUGGUUUACACAGACUGGUAGUCAAAGCUAAAGAUUUAGGGCAACCCGAUUCUCUCUUCAAUACUGUAAUUGUUAAUCUCUUCCUGAAUGAAUCAGUAACCAAUGCUACCCUGCUUCAUGAACUGGUGCGCAAGAAUAUUGAAAAGCCAGUGACCCAAAAUGUUGAUACAACUGAUGCAUCCUCACCAACAAGUGACUAUGUCAAGAUCAUGGUUGCUAUAGUUGCUGGCACCGUAACUGUCAUCCUAGUGAUUUUCAUCACUGCUGUAAUAAGAUGUCGCCAAUCUCCACGCAUUAAGGCAGCCCAGAAAAACAAGCAGAAUUCAGAAUGGGUUACUCCAAACCCAGAGAAUCGACAGAUGAUAAUGAUGAAGAAGAAAAAGAAGAAGAAGAAGAAGCAUGCCCCUAAAAACCUGUUGCUUAACUUUGUCACUAUUGAAGAAACAAAGACAGAUGAUGUUGACACUGAUGGAAACAGUGUCACAUUAGAUCUUCCCAUUGAGCUGGAAGAGCAAGCCAUGGGCACCUACAACUGGGCAACUACACCUACUACUUUCAAGCCAGAUAGCCCUGAUUUGGCCCGGCAUUACAAAUCUGCUUCUCCACAGCCUGCCUUCCAGAUUCAGCCUGAAACUCCUCUGAAUUCGAAGCACCACAUCAUCCAGGAACUGCCUCUUGAUAACACCUUUGUGGCCUGUGACUCCAUCUCCAAAUGUUCCUCCAGCAGUUCUGAUCCCUACAGUGUUUCUGAGUGCAGCUUUCCAGUGACAACUUUUAAAGCCCCUGUGUCUGUUCACACCAGACCGACUGAUUCCAGGACAUCAACUAUUGAAAUCUGCAGUGAGAUAUAACUUUCUAGGAACAACAUAAUUUCAACCCCCCUCCCACUAAAUUUCAAUGACAUGUGAUUUCAAAAGUUAGCUAAAAUUUUGUAAUCUGAACUUCCCAUUAUAUAUGCAAGGAAA